AUGAAGACUUCACUCGGGCUCUUGACUGCAUUGCUAGCAAGUUCAUCAAUUGUAUCGGCCAAAUUGAUCUAUGUUGACUGUUCAUGGAGCGGCUCAGGUGCCCCGGAUGGCUCACAGACUCGUCCCUACACGUCAUUAUCGCUAGUCAAUGAUUUCACCUUCAGUCCCGGUGAUAAGCUUCUUUUCAAAUCUGAAGUGAAUUGCACAGGUCAACUGAUGCCUCGGGGCAGUGGAACGGAGGAGUCUCCCAUCAUCGUCACUCGAUAUGGCCGCGGGGGACUCCCCGUAAUUGACGCGGAAGGUCAAUUCAAUGCGACCGUCUACCUUCGGAACGUUGACUACUGGAUAAUUUCUGAUCUUUUGCUCACGAAUGCGGCUGAGGAAGAAGGUCGCCGUCAGGGUAUUGAUGUGGAGGCGACUGACGGUCGCAUCCACGCUGGUAUUACAAUCCGGAAUUUACGCAUCGACACUGUUGCCGGGAAUACAAAUAAGCGACUUUAUGCAAGCGACUUCUCCAACUCCGCCUGCAUAUUACUACAAGGAACCGCCAACUACUCCCGCUAUGACGACGUUGAGAUCUAUGACAAUGAUCUUUCAAACUGUGGUGGGGGUGGCAUUAAAGUACGCCUCGGCCAACUCGACAAUCAGGGAAAAAAUCUACGAGUGCACGAUAACAAGAUUGAAAAAGUUGGUGGUGACGGCAUUGUAAUCUCCUAUGCGAUAUCGCCAUUGAUUGAUCACAACGUUGCUGGAGACCUUGGGUAUGGAGCAUACCCAUACUCCGGCGGAAACUUUGCGGGGAUCUGGGUACUCGGGUGCCAUAAUGCGGUAAUGCGGUACAAUAUUGUGUAUGGAUCCAUUAUGUCUGAGAUUGACAGUGAAGCUUUUGACUGCGAUUGGGGAAACACCGGAACAUGCACAGUCGAGUACAACUACAGCCACGACAACGCCGGGGGAAUCUUCCUGAACUGUGACGGUUGUGGCACCUCCCCUGGUGGCGCCACGCAGAUUGUCAGAUAUAAUAUCUUCGAAAAUGAUUGUCGAAUCUAUAGUAAUGGUGAUGCUCCAACUCUGUGGUUCUACAACAAUGUCGUCUAUUGCCCCGACAAAGACCUUGAAUUUCAUUUGCCCCCCUCAACUCGUUUUUCGAACAAUAUCGUGGUGGCAACCGAGAACUCCACUCUUCCGUUUGGCGCAAAUAUUGAGUACCAAACAAAUAUGUUCCAGAAUAUGAAAUUGCCUUCAUCGUGGCUGGAAUUCCAGGGAGACCCGAAAUUUGUUGAAGCCGGACAAAACAGCAGCACUUUGGAUGGUUUAGGUGGUUACAAGCUCCGAGCAGGAAGCGGAGCACUGAAAAAAGGAACAAUAAUUAAUGAUGACGGUGGAAAGGAUUUUUGGGGAGCAGAAAUACCCAGAGGGAAGCCAAAUAUUGGAUCAUACGCGGGUCACGGGAUAUAG